GUUUGGUCAAAAAUGGGCGGGUUUCAGUUAGUAAACCAUUGACUCUACCUUCCGCUCAACCCAAAACCGUAGUAAUCAUUUGAUGAUUCCCAUCCAGUAAUAAUACCAGAAAUCGCAAAUUUUUCACUCACAUAUUAGACAAACAUAAUCUAAAAUCCUAAAUUACUUUGUUACAGAACGCUCAAGAGCGACGGUGUAAACGGGAAUCCCUGUCGAAAUGUAAUCCAAGAGGUUUCGUUGUUUGGGAUAUUUGUGUGGUGCGUCGGAAAAUGUAAAAUGGAGAGCUCUCUACGAGCCAGUCCGACUCGCGUGUUGUCCCUGUGGACGCUGCUGCUCGGAUGCUUCAAUAUUGCAGGUCUCCGCCCGGGGCCGAGUGUCAUAGCGGAGUCUCUAGACAUGGUGAAAGUGUCAGCUGUGGCAGGCGGCGACGCGACGCUGCCGUGUGACACUCGCUCGACACAGGCCUCUGAUGUGCUCCUGCUAGUCGUCUGGUACAAGAAUGAUGUGCCCUUGUAUAGUUACGACGGCCGUAUAAAAGGACCAUCAGCACAUUGGGCGGACGACGUGCUGGGCGGGCGGGCGCGGUGGCACGCCGCCACGCCGUCUUCCCUCAGGAUACGUGACGUCAUACCGACCGACAGAGCCAUGUAUCGCUGUCGUGUCGACUUCAAAAUAUCGCCCACGAGGAACCAUAAGAUUUUGCUGGAAGUUAUUGAACUUCCAGAAAAGCCGAAGAUUUUUGACGAAUUUGACAAAGAAGUGAUAGGAGUAGCUGGUCCUUAUGUAGAAGAUACCAGUAUGAAACUCACCUGCGUUGUCAGUGGAGGUAAACCAAUGCCAAGAAUUCGAUGGUGGCGAGACGACAAAGUGAUAGCCACACUAGCUCCAGUGGACGACGGAUCCCGGCUCAGUCUACUGGAGCUGAGGAUACCAAAACUAACGAGAGACUUCUAUGAAGCUGUGUACACUUGUACCGCAGAUAACACGGUGCUCGUGCCUCCGUUGAGGAUCAACGUGCAGAUACAGAUUUAUUUACGUCCUCUAUUCGUGGAGAUAUUAGCUCGAGAGCAGCCUCUCUCAGUGGGCCAGACUUCGGAGCUGGCUUGCAAGGCCGUCGGCGCCCGGCCCCCCGCCGUCAUCACGUGGUGGAUGGAUGAUCGACAGAUGUCCGUUACAGCUACGCAAAAGAACUCAGACGACAAAAACGAAACGAUCUCGUUCCUCCGCUGGACGCCGCGGAUGGACCAAGACGGUCGGACGCUCACGUGUCGCGCGGCCCACGUCAAACUCGAGCACACCACAAUAGAGACCAGUGUCACGCUCAAUUUGCACUAUGUACCAAUAGUCAGUUUGCAGCUUGGCUCCAAACUGAAUCCUAAUGACAUCGAGGAAGGCGAUGACGUGUACUUCGAAUGCAUCGUCCGAUCAAAUCCACCAGCAUACAAAGUUGUAUGGGAGCAUGAUGGUCAAAUCAUGACGCACAACCAGCGAGCGGGCGUCAUCGCUGGGUCAGCGCACUUAGCGCUACAAGGCGUCAACAGAAGUCAAGCUGGUAAAUAUGCGUGUACCGCGUCUAACGUUGAAGGUGAUGGAAAGUCUCCACCUGUCAACCUUCAAGUCAUCUACAAGCCGGUGUGUGUGGCAACCGCAACGGCAAUAGUUGGAGCAGCGAUCAAUGAACCAACCAAAGUAACCUGCGAAGUGGACGCUUUCCCUCCACCUAAGAACUUUCAAUGGACACUCAAUAAUUCCAUGGGAACUUUGGAAAUUGAAGCCGACAAAUUUACAGUCGAUGGAAAAGGACGAUCGAUCCUUUCAUACACGCCAGCAUCUGAGAAAGACUAUGGAUCUUUAGCAUGCAGGGCUACAAACCUGGCAGGACAGCAGAUGGAUCCAUGUCGAUACUCCCUGCUCCCAGCAGUGAGACCGGAUCCAUUGAGUAACUGCUCUUCUGUAAAUCUUACUGAUGAUUCAGCUGAAAUACGAUGUGCAGCUGGUUAUGAUGGCGGUCUCCAAACAUCAUACAUCGUGGAAGUAUGGGAGUCAAAGAAUUUAGUAGCCAAUGUGUCCACUGCGUUGCCAGCGUGGAUACUCAGAGGUCUGGGUUCAGGGAAGAGUUUGAAGCUUGUCUUCUAUGCAUACAAUGCUAGAGGAAGAUCAGAAACCAAUAUGAUGAGAAUCAAUACUUUAGCAAGAUUGGCUUUGCAUACUGAAGCCAAGUCAGGGAAAGUGGAAGGUGUUGACGCAAGUUGGGCGUUAGGUAUAAUUGCUGGCAUUGCUGGAACACUAGUGGCCAUUGUAAUCAUCACGUUAUUAGCGAGGAGAAGACAGCACCCGCCGAUGCAAUAUGAAGCUCCUAUGCAGACGGCGAAGGCGUACAAAGGCGCGAUACAAAGCACCAACCAUUCACCAGUACAGCCUGACGAUAAAAAUCCUGAUGUGGUGCCAUUGGGUAAAGAUUUCAACAGCGCACGUGAUCUAGAGCGGCCGCCGGAGCCGCCUCCCUACGGUGCCGUCAUGUCGCCGCCGGUCGGAGCCUCUCGGAGCUCUGGAAGUCUGCAUCACAAUGAUAUGAGGCCUGUGACCCCACACACGCCAAUCACACCAGCUUCUGAUGCCCAUAGUAUCGGAACGUUAGCGGAGGAUCGUCGAAGUGUAACAAGCGGUACGUUCUCAAGGCGGAGAGAGGUAGUCACAACUAGAACGCCACUUCUAGCAAACGCCAGGGAAAGCUGCGUCUAACCUGAGAUAUACUAGAAGCGACUUGAGCCAAGGGGAUCAUGUUACACGUUUAUUUUCUAGAAUAUUUUUUUACUAUCUAGGAUUAGGUCUGUGAUACGGCUUAAGGUAUGUUCCAUAUCUCAGUGGGUUGGUCUAAUGUUUUAUUUUAAACGGAUUUAGAAUUAAAAUGUGGUACGCACAGAAUAAUUAUAGUGAAUAUUUUUCUCGUAGAUUGCGUGCCUCGAUUUUAAGAUUAGUUUCGCGU